UUAAUAAAAUCAUUUUUAUUGAUGAAUUUUGAACAAAUUAUAUUUAUAUUUAUAACAACAAUUAAGUUUUAAUAUUCGAAUGACAUUUAUUCUGAAUGGAAAAAUUCCACUGGUCGUACAAUGGAGCGUUCACACAGGACAUGGUUGAUUUGGUUGGUUCUAUGUUCAUAUGCGAAUGCCAUUACAUUCUACAAGUCAAAUUGUUCGGACAUUAGUUCGGAUCCAUCUACAAACAUAAUAUUAAUCGGUAUACAUCGUAAUCAUUUGACCAUUAUUGAUCGUCGAUUCUGGGUGUUUGAAAUCGAACGAACACUAUUCAUUGGUUAUGAUUUUCGUAUUUUAUUCGGUAAAAUGUAUACAAAAAUGCCCAUUCAAAAACUAUGGCCACAUGCAUAUCGUGUUCGUGAAGAUGAAAAUCGUUUCGAAAAACUUCGACAUCAUGUUCGUUUUGGUUGGAUUUGGUCGGAAUACAAUCUGACAUUUGCAUAUCAAACUAAACGGAAUGAUGAAAAAUUACGUUUCUUUAGCUACGAUUUAGCCUCUGAUCGUUGGCAUUGGAAUGUGACCGUAAAACAAUCUUUGGCAACAACAAAAGUGAAUAAAGACCUGGUGUUCAUAUCGAACAUGUUACCGAAUCGACAACGAAUGUGGCUAAUACGUUAUCGUCGUCAUGAUAGACAAAUUCUGAUGGCCCGUUAUGAUAGCCUAAAACAAUGGUAUUUUUUGUGUUCGGCUGAUCUUGUCGAUGAUGGCCGUAGUAUAGACAAUGUUACAAUUGGCAAUAAUUCAUGUACACCAGAAUCAAUAGCACCAAUGGCUUUAGAUGAUCAGCCAAUAAUCAAAGCUUUUCAAACACAUACUCGAUUCUUUUUCAUUACCAAUCGUUAUGUUUACUAUGUAUCAUCAUCGUUGGUACGAAGUAAAUCUUUGCUUUUGGGCAUACGAUUUCAGAUGCAACGUAAAGAAAUUGAAAAACUGUUUAUAUGUGAACCAUCCAUAUUGCAAUUUAUACAAUAUAAUCCCAAAUCUGUGUUUAUAUUGAUGAUGUUCACUUUAAUAGGUAUCGCUGCCAUUAUAUAUGGUAUCUACUUGUCCAGUCUAUCUGGUCAACGUAGCAUUCGUAAUUUAGUGAUGAAAAGUAAAAAAUAAAAAUUA